UGUUGACACCCUGAAUCAGGAAGCCUCUAGUGUUGAGCUGCUCAAAACUAAACAGACACUGAAGGUCAAUAUGGCUGCUGUGGCACCAUUCAGAUACAGCCUGCAGAUUCAGGAAGAUGUCAUAUACCUGGAUGAGUUGAGCGACUGUUCCUCUGAUUCCAUAGAAGUAUGCUGUGAUGACCUCACUACUGGAGGAAUGCUUGGGGGUAGCCCAAGAGGACCAGGAGUAGAUCUGGAGACUGAGAACACCUCCACAGACAAAACCCCUCAGGGCCAGGCAGGAGCCAAAGGAGUAGGGGGCAUGGCUGCAAAAAGGGGCAAGUCAGGGCUCCCACAAGCUGCUACUCGGGCUGAACUGAAGGUCUACCGAGGAGGGAACUCUGAGGGUCAUCUUCCAGUGCCAAGCAACCUGCGCAAACCAAAGUCCUUGACCAAUCUAUGCGUGCUUACUGACUCGGAGAAGAAGAUGCACCUGUACCAGCCUAAAUGGUCGGAUGACAUGGACAAGCCUGAGGAAGGUCAGAAGAAGUCUGGCAAGCUCAAAGAUGCUGGAGGGGGCACCGGAAAGCGUAUCCCACUCUCCAAGAAUCUUUCCAGGUCAGAGCAUUCACUCUUUCAGGGAAAGCCAAAACCCUUUAGUCCUCCUCCUUCUAACUUGAGGAAACCCAAUCGGAUACCCAGGGGUCCUUAUGCGGAGAUCAAACCCAUUAGCAAGGCUCAAGAGCUGGCGGAUGAUGGAAAGUCAGAUGAUGAGAUCUUGUCCAGCAAGGCUAAAGCUAAUGGUAAGAAAUCUGGUACCACGGGAGCAGACACCCCAGGAGGUGGCAGAAGCAAAGAUGCUUCCGUACCUGAGGAAGGGGAUAAGACCUUCCUUAAGGUGGAUCCAGAACUGGUAGUAACUGUACUUGGAGACCUGGAACAGCUUCUCUUCAGUCAGAUGUUAGAUCCAGAGUCCCAGAGGAAACGCACCGUUCAGAAUGUCCUCGACCUCCGGCAGAACCUGGAAGAUACCAUGUGCAGCUUGCGGGGGUCUCAGCUCAGCCACAGCUGUAUUGAGAGCAGCAUGUGCUACGACAGCGAUGAAACCAACGUUCGCAGCAUUUCCAGCCUGUCCAACCAUUCCUCCCCUCUCUCCUGGCGCCAAGGCCAGUCCAGCCCACGUCUGCAAGCUGGAGACGCCCCCUCCUCGAGGGCCACUGCCCACUCGCUGCCCAUCCGCGCGACAACACAGAUCAGCCACCUGCAGCGCAUCCACCUCAUCGAGGGUCUGGACGCCGCUGACGAUGACCUGGCUGACCUCAAGACUGGUUACCUUAGUGACACCAACCUGAUGAACAAGAGUCAAACAGAAGAGGAUGAGGAUGACGACGACGAUGAAGUAGAUGUCGAUGAUGAUGACCUAACUAAUGGUUGGGAUGAAAGCAGCUCCAUCAGCAGUGGUUUGAGUGACGGUUCAGACAACCUCAGCUCAGAGGAGUUCAACGCAGGCUCCUCCCUCAACUCUCUGCCAACCACUCCCAUUGGCUCCCGGCGAAACUCUGCCAUUGUGCUGCGCACUGAUGCCGAGAAGCGCUCACUUGUUGAAAGCGGCCUUUCCUGGUACAGCGAGGAGGGGAAGACUCAGUGCCGGAAAGAGGGAGGAUAUGACACGGGCAGCCUUAAGGCGGAGUCAUCCAACAAGUGGAAAAAGAGCAGAGUGCAGGAUGACACAGCCAUCAAAGGUGAACUGAGGAAACCCCAGACACUCGGCCACCCUCCCAGCAGACUGAAGAAGAGCCGCAACCCUCCUGUAGGCGUGACAUCCCCGAUCACUCACACCACACAGAGCAUGCUCAAAGUACCAGGAGUUCCAAAGAACGAUCAGCGAGUCAUGGAUAAAACCAAAAUGGCAGUGAAAACAUCUGGUUUACAACGUUCAAGUUCGGAUGCAGGCAAAGAUCGUGGCGAGCAUCGCAAACCUCCCUCUGGCCUUGUCCGGCCCUCUGCUGGCACUGUAAAUUCUUUUGGUUUCAAGAAAUCGGUUCCUGCAACCAGUACUGCCACUGUGCUCACAGCUGGUGGAAAUACAGUUUCUGGAGACUCUUCGAUUGUUAGCAAAGCUCCUAAAACCUCUGGCAUUCCUGUGAAACCAUCUAAUGGUGGAGUAGGUGGAGGACGGAAGACCAGCCUUGAUGUUUCAAACUGUGAUCAAGGUUUCAUGGCACCAAAUGCACGCAACAAUAUCCAGUAUCGUAGUCUCCCAAGACCUGCUAAGUCCAGCACCUUGAGUCUGACGGGAGGGCGUCCAGGAACUCGCCCUGUUAGCAGCAACAUGGACGCUGGUCUGCAGAGCCUUAAAACAGUCCCCACCCAGUCCAGGCUGAAGGAACCAAGCAGUGGAAAGAUCUCAAGCCGUGCCAGUACAGGAGGGAGUAACCCAGUUAAUCAAACUGACCGUGAGAAGGAAAAGGCCAAAGCCAAAGCAGUGGCGUCUGAUUCUGAGUGUUGCGGAGUUAACUUGUUAAAGAACGGUAUCCUUAUGCCUACACAGACUGCAUUGGAGCCACCUUCCAAGCUAUUGGGACUUCGACAACCAUCCAACUUGGGGAAAUAUUCCGAACUGCCCUCUCCAAACUCCCAAAGGCCCUCUAGUGCCAGAUCUCUGCCCAAACCUGCUCAUCUGGACAAGAUCAACUCCAGCAGCCUGGACUGUGGGAUAGUUGAUGUGGAGAACCAACUUCCUCCCAAAGUGCCGCCAUUUUCCAAACUUCAGGAUCUAUCAGGAAUGAACAGCCCAAGCACAACUUGUCUGACCCCCAGCCCUGCUCCCGUCCUCAAUGUCAACUCCUCUGAAUGUUUCUCCAGUGCCACUGUGGGCCGAGGAGGCAGUGCUGGUGGCUCUCCCUCACUCUACCCCCGUCUCUCUGGGCUGCACCGGAGCAUGGAGUCCCUGUCCCUGCAGAUGAGUGUGUCUCCAGCAGGGGACAGUGUGACAGAGUCUAGGUCCAGAAAUGAGGACAAAGGGACAGUUAGUGGCUGGUCAACAGGAAGCAGGGUCUCACUCACUCUCACGUCAGACAGCUUACAAAGGGACAGAAAUACUCUGCCUAAGAAAGGCUUAAGCCACAACUCUUUGCAGGCUGAGGAGGAAAACAAAGAGAGACGACAUUCACACACCAUAGUGAGUUUGACAGAGACAAACAGUCCACCGCAGUUCCCUUCACCAAUACUGACAGCAAAGAUGCCACUGACCAGCAUCAUGACACCCAGCCCCAUAUCUGGCACUCCCAGGAUGACCCGAUCCAACAGUAUUCCCACCCAUGAGGCCAGUUUUGAGCUGUAUCAAGCCUCUCCACUGGGCAGCACCCUAUCGCUUGCCGAACGGCCCAAGAGCAUGAUCCGGUCUGGCUCCUUCAGAGACAGAGAAUCUGCCGAUGAUGUUCAUGGCUCAGUGCUGUCACUUGUAUCUAAUGCCUCCUCCAGCUACUCUUCAGCUGAGGAGAGAAUGCAGGGCGAGCAAAUCCAUAAGCUGAGGAGAGAGCUGGAAUCUUCGCAGGAGAAGGUGGCCAAUCUGACCUCACAGCUGUCUGCUAAUGCCAACCUGGUGGCAGCGUUUGAGCAGAGUCUCACGCUCAUGACAUCUCGACUCCAGACUCUCUCUGCAAGCGCUGAGCAAAAGGACACUGAAUUAAUGGACCUGAGAGAAACAAUUGAGAACCUGAAGACCAAGAACAUGGAGGCGCAGGCUGUCAUCCAAGGAGCACUCAAUAACCCAGAUAUUGCCCCCAAAGAGUUUCGCAUCAGAAGGCAAAACUCAUCAGAGAGUAUUUCCAGCCUGAACAGCAUCACCAGUCACUCCAGUGUGGGCAGCCUGAAAGAUGAUGCCAAGAAAAAAAAGAAAAAGAGCUGGUUACGCAGUUCUUUUGGCAAGGCGUUCAGCAUUAAGAAGGGCUCUAAAUGCGGAUCUAUGUACUCUGACAUUGAAGAGAUCACCACUCCAGACUCCUCAGCCCCCAACUCGCCAAAACUGGCACAUGAAGACGGAGAGAACCCGCCCACUUCCCUCGAAUCCACCCAAUCAACCGCCUCCUCUGUGAUCCACGAGAGUAACGAGGAAAAUGAGAGUGAUGAGAAUGUGGUGUCAGAGCUGAGGUCUGAGCUUUGGGAGAAAGAGAUGAAACUAACGGACAUCCGUCUAGAGGCGUUGAGCUCAGCACACCAGCUGGAGCAGCUACGAGACACCAUGAACAACAUGCAGAUGAUGGUGGAGAAUCUCAAGGCAGAAAAUGACCAGCUAAAAACUGGAAGUGCCCCAUCGUCCCUCGUCCUGCCUUGUGGCCCUCCCUCAACCUCCACCUCCCAACCUUCUGGCCUGUCCAAUCUCCUCAACUCCUGCCAAACCAAACCACCCAUGACCCUCACCAAGUCCUUCAGCCUCAUCCUCAAUGAAUGCUCCAACCCUGACAUCGCCCCAGUGGAGUCACUGAGCAUAUCAUCUCAAAGGGAUGAGAUCUUUACACGUGUGGUGGUUCGUAUAGCUGACCAGCAAGUGUCAAGAGAGGUGAGGCAACAGGAUUUCUUCAUCGGCUCUGUGAAAAUUAAUGGGAAGACCGAUUGGUCUACAUUAAACACAGUCAUCUCCACUAUUUUCAAGGACUACAUCUCUCAGGUGGACCCUGGUGCAAGUAUGGGGUUGUCUGUAGACUCUGUUCACAGUUACAGUAUUAAUCAGAGCAGGAGGGUGCUUGGAGCAGAAGCCCCAUCGAGCUCACCUUUUGACAGUUUAAUAAAGGGUCCGGGACUCAUCACUGUUGCCCUCAAAGGUUUUAAAGAGAAGUGUGUCGACAGCCUUGUGUUUGAGACACUCAUCCCCAAGCCCAUGAUGCAGCACUACAUCAGUCUGCUGCUAAAGCACCGACGGCUGGUCCUGUCAGGUCCCAGUGGCACGGGAAAGACCUACCUCACCACCCGCCUGGCUGAGUACCUGUUGAAGAGGAGCGGCCGUGACCCUGGCCCUGGCCUUAUCACCACCUUCAACAUGCACCAACAGACCUGCAAGGAUCUCCAGUUGUACUUGUCUAAUCUGGCCAAUCAGAUUGACCGAGAUUGUGAUGCUGAGGACAUUCCACUGGUCAUAAUCUUGGAUGAUGUCAGUGAUGCGUCUUCCAUCACUGACCUGGUGAACAGCGCACUGACCUGCAAGUAUCACAAAUGCCCAUUUGUCAUUGGAACAACCAAUCAGCCUGUUAUGAUGUCGUCAAAUCAUGGCUUGCAUCUCAGCUUUAGAAUGGUCACCUUCUCCAACAACGUGGAGCCUGCAAAUGGGUUCUUAGUGCGGUACUUGCACAGGAAGUUGAUCGAAACAGAGGAUGAAUGCACAGUUCACAGAACUGAGGUUCUAAAGGUUCUGGACUGGAUACCUAAACUCUGGUAUCACCUCCAUACCUUCCUGGAGAAACACAGCACCUCAGAUUUCCUCAUAGGUCCCUGCUUCUUCCUGUCCUGUCCAGUGUCAUUACCAAAGUUUCGGUCCUGGUUUAUUGACCUCUGGAACCAGUCCAUUAUUCCUUAUCUGCAGGAGGGAGCCAAGGAUGGCGUGAAGGUCCAUGGUCAGAAAGCAGCAUGGGAGGAUCCUGUAGAGUGGGUGAGGGAUACGCUGCCCUGGCCUUCAGCUCAACAGGACCAGGCCAAACUCUUUCACCUUCCUCCCCCAACCACCAGCCCAAACGCUGCUCCGGCACAACAGCCCAGUGACGACAGGUCCAGCAAAGACACCGCACAGCACACCAUGGAGUCAGAUCCACUGAUGGCUAUGCUGCUGAAACUCCAGGAAUCGGCCAACUACAUUGAGUCACCGGAACGGGACAUUUCAGGCAACCCCAGUUUCUAGGAUGAAUUAACAGACUGAGGUGCUCACUGAAGGCUAGUGCUGUUACAAAAAAAAAAAAAAUGUCCUAUACAUUUGCACCUCCCUUGUCUCCUUAAGAAGGUUUGUGGGAGUCAAGAAAAGGAACUCUCAAGAACUGAGAUUUAAAUGCUGAUGAAACUCUCAAACUGGAAAGAAAACAGAAGAACUGAUCUUAUCAGAUCUGAGCUAGAAUAUUUUUUUGCACUGUUGUCUUAACUGACCUUUCCCUGGCUUAUCUAAUCCGCAAGUGCAUGGCAAUACUUGCAACGGAGGAUUGUGAAGAUUGGAUGAUUGUGAAGAUGAGAGAUCUUCUUUGGACCAAAAUAUAUUUAUUCUGUUGACAUAUUUCCAAGAGUAUCUGCUACAUUCAUUCAAAAGUCGCCUGAACCCUGUACACAAAGAUGCAGUUACAAUGUCAUGCCAUUUAGACUAACCAACAUGGAUGCAAAAUGUCAUAUACAAGAUGGUGCUUAGAAUCCAGCCUUAAAAGAUACCCCUCAUGUACUAUUAAGUCAGUUCCAUAGAAAUUUGAAUAUACUAUAUAUUACCUCACAGUAGCAAAGUUAUGCAGUUUCAAGGUGCAGUACAUAUAUUUAACCAGAUUGCAUUUAACACUUCCCUCAAACACGGAGACAUGAAGGAGACAGAUGUAGACUGUAGACAAAUGCCGCUGUAUUAAGAACCCUGAGAGGAUGCACUUUGAUUCAUGGCUUUCAAUUAAGAGUAAAGAUUUCAUGAGGGACAAUAACAGAGGUGCUGCUAACAGGUGCAUUGAAGCAGUAUGCAACAUCUUGGGCCCGAAAUAUACUCUAUCCACUCUAUGUGCACGCAAAUGCAUCUAGCUGCAAAAGCUCUAUAUCACUUGUCGUUGCAUUUUGAAAUGUUUUAUAACACAAAGCAAAUAUGUGUUGCAUUCUCAGCUUUGCCACAAGAGGCACUUUAGGGGGCAUUAGCAUAACCGGCCAUUCGCUUAAGCACUAAACACGUUUGCAUCCAUUUGCACUACUUUUCAUUUGUUUAUCGAAGUAAAUAUGCACUAGACUGAUACUUACGCUGUUGCGCAAACUCUUGUGCUGGAGCGCCACGUUUUUAAAUGCAUGACAAGUUAAAAAGAACUUCAGCUUUUAAAAAUGCAUCUCGAGACACCUGCGUUCUAUUCGGUUUGAAUGGCCCCCAAACUGUCUUCUUCUAUAGUUACAGUUUUCAAUUUCAACUACUGUCAUGGCGAAGAAACAGUUUGAAGCCAAUCUUGUUAGUUAAAGUCGAUAUGUUUAUAGCUAGCUACCUUAAUAAUAACACAUUAUUACCUGUUUCUUAAUGCUAAGAAUGCAAAGAAUGGACUUGCAUUCUGGUGAAGACUGGUCUUGCCUAGCUGCCUUGAAAGAGCAAACUCAAAAGGACAAGAGGACAUCAAACGAGUCCACAAAAACUUAAGAAUGCAUAAGAAUGCACAUUGAGAAACAGGUUUAGUUUAAAAGCACAUAUAUUUGAAGGUAACUCUAUCGCCCCCUUGAGUACUGAGGUUUAAUACCGCCACAGAACAGAUGCUGAGUGUGUACAAUGGGACUGCAGGAUGGCAAAGUGUCGCUCAAGCGGUCGCGUCUUUAUUUGCGUAGAGAAUGUUUCUGGCCUUACCUUCAAUACUUCCUUAUGUGUGCUUGACCUUUGAUCUUAGGUUCCCAAGGUGCUCAUGAACCAUCAAGAUAAUCAAAGGCUUGGUUCACACUGACCAAAUCCAAGUUUGGGAGUAUCCUAGUUGGUCUACAUCAUUACAACCAAUGUAGAUAUAUUGGAUAUUGACUACACUGCCUGAACAAUGGAUCCAUCUUGCAAAAUAAAAGUGUGAACAAUCAAUUCUAAAUACUGGAUCUUAAAAACAAAUCAGAAUUGUGUGCCGUGUGAACAAAGCCAAAAUGGUUUAAACAAAUGCCUUUGUAAAUACUGGAGGUUCAAUGCAAAAUAACAUCCAUAUUAGCUUAUAGUUUUACAUGCACUUGUGUCUUUGGUUUUCUGUAACAAUGUAGCCAAUUUUGGAAAUGAUGUCAUAAUUGGUUUUAAUUUAUUGUAAUGUCAAGUCACAGGAACCCAAUGUGACCCUGGGUCUUUUAGAAUCUCUCAAAUCAUUCCUGUAACAAUGUAAUGAUGACAAAAUAUUAACAAAAAUGUGUGAUUCAACACACAAAAUAAUAAUAAUAAUGACCGGUUGACCGUAACUCAUUAAUGCGUAUGCUAUUGGCUGAUUGCAGGUGCCCAGAACUGUACACGCACGAAAGCUUUAAUGUUGAGGAAAAUUAUGAUGAAGUUUAAAAAGACACCUUAUCAUGAGAUGCACAUAGGAUGUGUUGGCAACAAAUCUACAAGAGCAAAGUGAUCUUUCGACUAACUUAUUAUUAUGGCAUAAUUAAAAUUGAAUGUGUCAGUUAUGUAUACUAACUGAUGUUAAUGUUGGCACUAUCAAUGUCAGAUUUCAAAUACACGCAAUUGUUCACAGAAUGUAAAUUGGUCGUUAUCUGCUAUAGGAAAAAAUAGUUCGCCAACAUGCCUAGUGCUCUUGAUGAUGCUUGCUGAAUCUGUGCUUGUGUUUAAGUAUUCUGUUACUGUCAGAUGUAUAAUCAAAGGAGUGUUUUUUAAAGGUCUUUUUGUACAAUUUUUUUUAUAACAGCCUCUUAGUCUGACAUUUGUAAAUGUGAUUUUCAAAAAACAAAAAAUUCCGAAAAACAAAAAAGUAUAAAGUCGAAUAAAUACCGCAAGGAUUAAAUACGACAAAUAUAAACUGAAUGUGUCUGGUUAGAUAAGCAUUACAGUGAGGAUUUUCUCAGUAACAAUGGAUUUUCGCAGUCAUCUCUCUUCAUUGCCUUUCCUGCAAGUUAACUGCCACAAAGUUUCCUCUUAAAAGUGUCCUCCCUAUUUUCUUCUGGAUUGUGCAAGGUAUUGAAUGGCUUUAACAACUCAACAAAUAUAUUUAAGAAAAGUGGCAGCGGUGCUUGACUUCACACCAGUACCUCAAAUCUGUCUUAACAGCUCAUUUUAUCACAAACUUCCCUUAAUUGCUUAUGGAUAGUUUGAUGGACAUUGCAAUACCUGAACUAUUAUGUGUUUUGCAAGGGACUGUUUGCUGUGCAGGAUAAGAAUGCGAGUGAAAUUGCUAUCCUUUUUUAUGCUUGUUCAUGAAAUUACUUUGAGAUUUGAGCUCGCUGGUAGUCUUGUUUCCAAAUGUCAUGCAAAACGAGGCUACUUUGCCAGCUAGCACAAACGAAAGCCAUUUCCAACUGUCCAAAUCAAUGUCUCUCCUCGUGUGAAAGAUCUAUUUGUUAUCUUAGUAUAGUGUGAUAUACCCGAUCUACUUUUUUGCAUAAGAGGGCUGUUAGUGACCUGAUAAAGUCUGGAUUUCCUUAAAUGGGUGUCUAACUAAAAGAGUGAACGUUUCGAUUAAAUUAUUUGUUUCGCUUUUUCUACUUUCGACUAACAAUGUUGAAUGUUCAAGCAGGUACAAUAAUACAAAACCUGUACUUUGUAAACUCGUUUUUUUUUUUUUUUUUUUUGGCAUAAAACACGCCAUAUACAGUCAAAUUUUGUUUAAUAAAAACAGAUUUCUGGGUUGUUGUCACUAUGGAGUGAUGGUGUAGCAUUUUAGCCCAUGGGUUCAGUCAUUAGUACCAAUGUCAGAUGACAGUUUUUUUUUUUUUUUUUUUUUUUUGUCAAGACAUGAAUCUUGCUUUCUCUUAAUUCUUUAAUAAAUCUUUCUAUAUUUGUAUAGAAAAUUGCAAUUGUAAACAUUGUAAAUAGUUAACGCAUCUGCGACCACAAUCAGUUAAAUAUGAAGAUCUGGCCCUAAGAUGAGAUACUUUUGUUGUUGUUGUUUUGUAUUAUUAUUUUUUUGCAGUCUACAGACUGUCUGUUGAAAAGGGUGAAAAGGGCAUGUUGUGAUCUGAGAGAAUUUCAUCCAUCAAAUAUUCACUCUAGUUUUCAAUAAACUCAUUCCAUCCCUACACUAA